CAACGGUGGGUUUGAAAACAGUGCGCAUGCGCAUCACGCAUCGGUGGAUGGACUCGCAGUGACAGUGAACUGUACAGAAUCACUCGGUGCACAGCGGACCUCGGGACACACCGUGCCUACUGACACUUCCUGCAGAUAAUGGACCAUUUGAUAGAAGACCUGACAUGCUCAGUUUGUUUCAACAUAUAUGAUGACCCUCGAAUUCUAAAAUGCUCGCAUACAUUUUGCAAAAGCUGUUUGGAAAAUAUAAACAGGUCUUCUGAUAGCUAUGUUUGGAGAAUUUCUCUUGGGAGGCUAAAAUGUCCAACUUGCAGAGGGAUUACGGAUGUCUCAAUAGGGGUUCAUACUCUGCCGAUAAAUUUUGCCCUCAAAUCCAUUGUCGAAAAAUUUAAAAGCAACAAGCACUUCAGCGUUCGAACGUGUCCAGAGCAUCACGGAAAACAGUUGAAAUUGUUCUGUGUCAAAGAUAGAAAGUUAAUCUGUGAUGAGUGUUGUGAGGUAGGACAGCAUCGGAAGCAUCCUACUGAAGAACUAGAAAGAGCCUACAGAAAGGAACGCAAGACGGCUUCUAAACUGUUGGCUAUUCUCCGUGAGAAGAAUUUCACAGGUGUAUCUACUGUCAUCAAAGCACUAGAAGAACAGCUGGAGGAAUGCAAAACAAUCAUACAAGAAGAUAAGAAGGAGGUUUUCAACUUUUUUGAUAAAACAAUUGAGGCGUUGGAGCGAAAGAAACAAGAUCUUCUUGCAGCCCUAAACGAUCUCGAUCAAAAAAUAGUUGAUGUUUAUUCUCCAAAAAUAGAGGCAAUGAAACAAAUACAAGACGAAGAACUGGAUCUUCUAUCUUUGAGCAGUACCACACAAGACAAAGAUUCUCCCUUCGAAUACUUAGACAAUAUCCACACCAUAGAGAAAGGGAUGAAUGCUUUAAAAAAGCAACAGCUAUGUUCCGUUCAGGCUGUUGAAAUCUGUCCAAGGGUUGGGCAGAUAUUAAAGGAUCAGUGGAAUAAAAGCAGCAUUAUUGAUGCACAUAGACAGCCCACUCCAAAAUUUGAAUUCAGGUUCAAUGCCACACGUACUGCCAACUCUUCAUUCUCAUGGACUUUAUGUGUGAUGCUUUUAUUUCUUUCUCUAAUGGCAUUGCUUUGUUUGGUCUAUCCCGAUAUGCUGCUUAAAUGUACAAAUUGGUGUGAAAAUUACUUUUUGGAAACUAUGGAACCAGUUCUUGAAUGUUUUGGGAUUCAGAUGUUUGCCGUCAAGUCAACUUCCCAGAGAAUGACAAAACCAUUUCUUGACUUUGUUUCCUACUUAUAUUCUUUACCCAGUACAUACUUUUAUUGAUUGUACAAUCUCGCACAGAAAUGCAUAUGGGGAUUCUAGGCCAAUGAGUUUUUAGAAUGAUCCAGCUAUAGAGAAAACUACCGUAUAUACUCGAGUAUAAGCCAAGUUUUUCAGCCCUUUUUUUAGGGCUGAAAUACCCCCCUCGGCUUAUA